AUCUAUAUUGCAUUUUUCAUUUUCUGUGGCGUAGGAAUUAAUAUUUUAUUUUGCAGUCGUGCGACAGACUUGAAAUUUUGGCGCCGCUUCCAGGGAGCAGUAUUUAGGAUUUUUGAUAUUUGAUUGUUUUUAAUUAAGUCUCUUUCUUGCUUAAUGGUUUAUGCCUCGGACUAGUCGUACAUGUGAAUUAAUUUUUGAUUCAGAAAUUAAAAUGAUUGCACACUGUUUAAGAAAAAAAGCUAGAGAGCAAAAGAGGGCCGAGAAAAAAAUUGUCACAAGAACCUGACUUAGCUAUCCAACUGGCUGACAGUUCUAGUUCCGACGAGGGUGAAGAGGCCAAGGAAAUUGAGGAAGUUGUGACACAUCCGAUGGCACAAAGAACUCUGAGGGAGCUAGCUGUUCCCGAUUUAAUUCAGCAUCCUUUGUGUAUUACUUUUUAUGCUAUAGCCGAUAAUACGGAAUUUGAGCUUAAAUCUGGACUAAUACAUUUGUUAUUUUCUUUUCAUGGCUUGGCAGGGGAGGAACCACACAAGCACUUGCAGAAGUUCGAUGUGAUGUGUACGAGUAUGAAACCACCGGGAAUCACUGAGGAUCAGAUCAAGCUCCAAGCUUUUCCGUUCUCCUUGAAAGAUGCAGCCAAAGAUUGGUUGUUAAACUUGCCUUCCGGGAGCGUGACCACAUGGAUGUAUAUGAAGCGCAAGUUCCUUGAAAGCUGUCGCCCCCUCACUCUCGCUCUCUCAAUUUUUCCUUCCUUCCAGUUCACCAGACCCAGCAGAUCGCCGGUUUGCCGCAGAACCGCCAGACCAGCCAGCCAAUUCUUCGCUCGCAACAGCCUGCAUCAGUCGCCGCCUCUCUUCUGGUUCAAAGCACGUUCUACGCCGCCGUGCCAACAACAACCAGCCGUCUCUCUUCCGGUUCAGCCACCAGCCAGCCGCCGCAGCCAUCAGCUGGUCCGCGCGUUCCCCGUACAGCCAUGAGUCGCCUUCGGUUUGAUUUUCAGGCACUAUGACUAAAGUCCGAGAGUCAGAUCUCCUCCUACUACUCCGACCAGUGCGAGCAUCAUCAGUCUAUCCGUCAGUGGCCGGUCGCCCUACCUAUUCCAGGGAAGUUUCUUUUCUCCGUCUCUUUUAUUUUACCUUUAUUAAUGCAAUAGGGACAUUGCCUCAAUAAUGUGUUGGGGAGAUUAUAACUUUUAAUGCGAUAUAAUGCUUUAUUUUUUAUACACUUCCCUACAUGUCCUCUUGAGUAUGUCGAGCUUAGGUUGUAUUGCUUAGCCUUCUAACAAAGUACCCUUAAGUGAGUUGUUUUGAGCCUUAUUUGAGCAAAUUCAUUACAUACAUAUCAUAUAUGCUCAAUUUUUCUUGGAUUGUGUGAAUAUAUGUUGUAUUUGACUACCUAGAACUUGCUUGCUUGUGCUUAUUGAAUCCGCGUUUAUUGAGAAUUAAUGGGAUUAAAAUGAUAAGGCACUAAAAUUACCCGUGUUGGCCUUAAUUUCAUAUAUUCACCUAUAUUAUCCCUUAGUGAACCAAGUUUGAGUUUAAUGUUAUUAUCUUAUUUUUGUUGGUUAUAUUUAACCCCAAGCUGAUAAGCCUUUUUAUUGGAUUAAGCCAAACGCUUACUUGAACCCAUGGGAACUUGAGGAAUUGUUCUUUGAUUCAUUAUAUUAGAUCAUUUAGAUUUGCAUUAAUUAUACGAUAUUAUUCCGAAGUUGUACUUGAAAGUAUUCAUAUUGUGGCACAAUUAUAAUUUCAUAUAUAUUUUUUUCAAAAGUAUCUUAUUAUCUAGCCACUUUAAAAUAAAAAAAUAAUAAUAAAAAAGGAGGUUGAAAAAAAAAGAGGACUCGUGUAAAAGAAAUAAAGUAUGUUUUAGUAUUGCGUUGAUCGUCGCUUAUGAAAUAUUGUAUUGUUCUUAUUCAUUCAUAUAUGCGACUUGAGCUCACUGUGAUGUGAUGAAUUGAUAGAUUACUUCCUCGGUCCCAUUAGCCGUUGAUAUCCUUUUUCCUACCCCAACCAUGACCCCAUUACAACAUUUAAUCAAGACAUUUGAUUAUGAACGUUAAUUUCUUGAUGAAUUGUGGAGUUGAUUUGAUUAGCUUGCAAGCCUAUGAGAUUCGUCGUUUACUUCAUGUGCUUUGAGUGAAUAUAGCCUAAACACUUGAGGGUGAGAGCUUUACUUAUAUAUAUUCCACAUUUGGUGAGGUUAGUUAGUUCUUGCAAGCUUUGAAUCUAACGUAGUUGAUGACACGACUAAGUGACUUUUGUGCUAGUGAGUAUCUCAAUUCUUGGUUUGGACAUAUGCUUAGGACAAGCAUGGAAUAGGUGUAGGGGAAUUGAUAUGUGUUAUAUAUGAUAAUAUUUUGUUAUAUUUUGGGCAAUUUUUUUAUGUGAAAUUUUGUAUAUGUGCUCCUCAUGGUGUAUUUUUUAUUCUGUAAUAGGUUUCAUAAAGUUGACAAGUUUUGAGACAUAUUUGAGAGAAAAUGAGCAGAAUACAUAAAGGCCUUAUGCGUGAUCACGCAAGUACACAAUGUAAAAAAUAUGAAAAUUUACAAGAAGACCCUCCAUAGUAAAUUGGAAAUAUAAAGAUUAUGUGGGGAUUUAAUUGCAAAUGGGGAUCUAAUUUCUAAAGGGAUCAUGUGAUGGAGAAUUAAAAGACACGAUUUUGCAAUUGAAGAGGGGGAGAGAAAGGGACUACCACAUUCUUCACCACGACACCAAUUUCUUAAAGAGAAAGGGAGAAACAAGAGCACGACAGAGCAGAGAACUUGGAGAAUGACUACAGACGACUUUUCGGGGCAUUCUUCUUCUAUUCUAAUAUUGUUUCUUCCUUAUCUAAUUCUAAAGAAUUGAAGGCAUGAUGAACUUUUUCAAUUGUUUUAUGUUUCCGAUUUUCAUGGAUUGUAAAUAAUUUAUUUUCUAACUUAUCUAUGAAUUAAAGUUUGGGAUAUAAA